GCCCUUAUACCAUUUAACAGUCUGGGUCCACCUUCAAGACACUGGGCUGUGGAUCAACCGAACCACCACUCCUCUUCCAAAAAUCAUUUUGACAGGUUCUUUUGGAGGUGCUCCUUCUCUUUUUUUAACCCAUCCUUUUAAACAAAAUGGCACCAAAGAAGGACGUGAAGAAACCAGCGGCGGCUGCUGCCCCAGCCCCUGCCCCGGCCCCUGCACCUGCACCUGCACCUGCUCCAGCCAAACCCAAAGAAGAGAAAAUUGACCUCUCUGCCAUUAAGAUCGAGUUCUCUCAGCAUCAGCAGGAUGAAUUCAAGGAGGCGUUUCUCCUGUUUGACAGGACAGGUGACUGCAAGAUCACCUUAAACCAGGUUGGUGAUGUCCUGCGGGCUCUGGGCACAAAUCCCACCAAUGCAGAAAUCAAGAAGGUUCUGGGAAACCCCAGCAAUGAAGAGAUGAACGCCAAGAAAAUUGAAUUUGAACAGUUCCUGCCCAUGCUGCAAGCUAUUUCCAACAACAAGGACCAGGGCAGCUAUGAAGACUUUGUUGAGGGUCUGCGUGUCUUUGACAAAGAAGGCAAUGGCACAGUCAUGGGUGCUGAACUCCGUCAUGUCUUAGCCACACUGGGUGAAAAGAUGAAGGAGGAAGAAGUGGAAGCCCUGAUGGCAGGUCAAGAAGACUCCAAUGGCUGCAUCAACUAUGAAGCUUUUGUCAAGCACAUCAUGUCUAUCUAAAAGGAGCUCUCAAGAUCAAGCGUUGUUUAGGAAGACUGGCUGGAAACUCAUUUUAAUAACACCCACGACCAACUGUCCAGAUCUGUUUACCAUCAUUCAGAAAAACAAUGUUAACUAUUCUAGACUGAAGGACUCCCUGAGUUUUUAUAUACCUUACAUAUCUCUCUGAAGUGUAUUGAUGCUACAUGAACCAAGUGUCUCCUGCUCUAGACAAGAUGGAGAAAACACCAACAAUCUCAAAUCCGCGCACCACUCCUUAUUUUCCACCAUGGGUCAAUGAACAUCCUUAAAAUAAUGAAUCAAUAAAUAAUUUUGGUCAGUCUGGAA